AUGGCAACCAGCGACUACAGCGAUUCUGGCGCAUCAGACCAGGAGAUUCUCGAGGCGCAGGCUGGUGCAAGGAAGAGAAGGAAGCUAUCGCCGUGCGAUGGGGAUGAAAGCUCAGGUUCUGAAGAAACCGUCCCAGAGCCAAAGCCCAUCUUAGCAGCGGCUCCAUCGAUCUCACGCGUCAAAGCAAAACAGCAAGACCAACCCCAAAAUGUCACGGUCACCUCAUCUACUCCUAUGGUCAACCAGAAGCUCAGUUUCACGUCUCUCAAUGUGGCACCAUGGCUCGUCGCCUCUCUGGCCAGCAUGGAGAUCAAACGACCAACGGGCAUUCAGGCGUCGUGUAUCCCUGAGAUCCUCAAAGGCAAGGACUGUAUAGGAGGGUCACGGACAGGUACAGGUAAAACUGUGGCGUUUUCUGUUCCGAUUUUGCAAAAGUGGUCAGAGGACCCGAGUGGCAUCUUUGCCGUCAUUGUCACACCCACGCGUGAGCUCGCCAUUCAAAUUUACGAGCAAGUAAAGGCCAUCUCAGCCCCUCAAUCUAUGAAACCCAUCCUCAUAACCGGCGGCUCUGAUCAACGCAGCCAAGCCAUUGCCCUCGCGUCACGCCCCCAUGUCGUAAUCGCGACGCCAGGCCGUCUAGCAGAGCACAUCCGCACCUCUGGCGAAGACACAAUCUGCGGCCUCCGACGCGUGAAGUUUGUCGUCUUUGACGAAGCCGAUCGGCUGCUAGCCCCUGGAAAAGGUUCCAUGCUCCCUGAUCUCGAAACUUGUCUAUCUGUGCUCCCACCAAAGGAAUCGCGACAAACACUUCUCUUCACCGCAACAGUGACGCCAGAAGUCAUGGCGCUGAAGCACCAGCCGCGUGCGCCAGGCCGUCUCCCCAUUUUCGUCUCAGAAGUAGAUACCGAGGACCUUGCAAUUCCGCCGCGACUACAGCAAAAGUACCUCCAAACGCCCGUUACGCACAAGGAAUGCUACCUCCACGUACUACUUAACACACCCGUCAACAGUACCAAGAGCGUCAUCAUAUUUUGUAACAGGACAAAGACGGCUACUCUUCUCGAAUACAUGCUUCGUCUCCUGGACCACCGCGUAACGGCACUCCACUCCGGCCUCAAGCAAUCCGAUCGUGUGUCCAACCUCGCUCGUUUCCGCGCACAGGCUGCACGUAUCCUUGUCGCUACAGAUGUAGCAGCCCGUGGUCUGGAUAUUCCAGAGGUGGCGCUCGUCAUCAACUUUGACGUGCCGCGCGACCCGGAUGACUACAUUCACCGGGUUGGUCGUACGGCGCGUGCGGGUCGUGUAGGAACGAGUAUUACAUUCAUCGGACAGAGAGAUGUAGACCUUGUUUUGGCAAUCGAGACACGUGUGGGCAAGAAAAUGGAUGAGUUUGAGGAGGAGGGCGUUAGUGUUGAGGGUAGGGUGCUGAGGGAUGCGCUGAAGCCGGUUACGGAGAAGAAGAGAGAGGCCAUGUUGAGUAUUGAGGAGGGGCGGGAUGUAUUGGGGAAGAGAAAGACAGGGAUGCAAAAGAGGAGGGCGCAGUAG